ACAGGAAGAAGAAGAAGUAGAAGACGAUCAGCAGCUCGGCACCACAAUGACUUCCACCAGGAGACUAGGAAAGGAGCUCGAUGACAUCCGCAAAUCUGGAAUGAAGCAUUUCCGCAACAUUCAAGUGGAUGAAGCAAAUAUUUUGAACUGGCAAGGCCUGAUUGUUCCUGAUUGUGCUCCGUAUGAUAAAGGAGCGUUUCGUAUUGAGAUCAUCUUCCCGGCCGAGUAUCCGUUCAAACCUCCUAAGAUCACGUUCAAGACAAAGAUCUACCAUCCCAACAUCGAUGAGAAGGGUCAGGUGUGUCUGCCCAUCAUCAGCGUGGAGAACUGGAAACCAGCGACGAGAACCUGCCAAGUGAUCCAGUGUCUCAUUGCUCUGGUGAACAUCCCUCAGCCGGAGCAUCCGCUGCGUGCCGACCUGGCGGAGGAAUACACCAAAGACCGCGCGAAAUUCAUGAAGAACGCCGAAGAGUUCACAAAGAAACACAGUGAAAAGCGACCUUGGACUGACGACACUGACACUCACGGCUUUGUUGGCCUCCUUUCUGUUUCCUGUUCGACAAGCCUGAACCCCCAAACCCAAACCCCCCCCCCCCCGUUCUUACUACGCACCUACAUUGUUUUAGCACUCUCCUACCAACACUCCUUUUUUUAAUAGAGGCUUGUUUUUUUUUUUGUUUCACUUUGCCAAAAAAAAAAAGAAAAAAAUAGAGAAGGAGGGAGGGAAAAAAAGAAAAAGAAAAGCAGGACCUUUUUUUGGUGAGUAGGCAGACUCUUGCCUCUAGGUGUCACCUUUUUUCCCCCCCGGUUGUUAAUGACUUCUUUCUACUGAUUUCUUUUUAGAAAAAAAAAUAAGAAAAAUGUCAGGUGCCAUCCUGGAGCAAAUAAAAAAUGUCAGAAAUAUAUUUAAAAAUUAAAAAAAAAAAAAAAAAGAAGUGCUGUUCUGCUUACUUAAAUGUUGAAUGUUAUCUCAGACUAAUCAUUCGCUUAUGCAGACCUGUUUACAGAUUAUAAAGCUUUGUUUUCAAAAGUUAACAAAUGUUGCGCAGCAUUUAAUGCUGUUGUAAAUAUAUAUCUGUUUGUCUCCUUCCUUUUUUAAUUUUCCUUUUUUUUUUUCAUCCUCUCCUUUCUUUACGAUACACUGUUCUGUUUGUUACUGAUGCAGAAAUAAUCCAGAUGUUAACAGAAAUGUGUUAAAUGCAGCAUCAUCCUUUGUUUCCUUUUUAAUGAAAUGGUUUUUUUUUGUAUUUCACAUGUUUGCAACAAGUAGUCCCUUUAUUAUUAUAAUUAUAAUAAUUAAUAAUACAAAUAACCCUUCCACCUCUGUUGGCUUCCCAGGAUAAAGUGCAUAUAGUCAUAGUGAGCAUUUAUUUUUCCACACAGGAGGAAAAUUGUGUUUUUUAUUUAACUUUACUGCUGCACGUCUGGAUGUCAGACUCAGCUCUACAAGCAUCUCACUGUUUAGUUUUUGUUUUUUUUCUGUCAUCAAAUUUUUUUUUUUUUGUUAAUUUAUCUCUUCUAUAAACCCUUUCAAGCACACAAUGUUCACACAGUUGUCCAGUUCUCUGCAGAAUAAUAAAAGAAACAUUUGAUGA